GUUUUAUUUAUUUUUUUAUUUAUUUUUUUAUUUAUUUUUGAAAUUCAUUAGAUUAUGAAGCAAAAUUUUCUCAAUAAAUUACCUCAUGAAGUAUUAACAAAUACAUUAAAAGAUUAUUUAGAUUUACCUGAUCUUUGGAAUUUAACACAAGUUUCAAAAGACAUUAGAGAAAUAGCAAAACACAUUAUUGAACGACAUUGGCGAAUUGAAUUAGAUGCCUCAAUAUCAUUGCUUAAAGUACAAACUCAUGCCGUCAUGAUUUUCUUAAUUUAUUUUUCACAAAAACUCAUUCAGCGUAUUAAGGUUUAUGAUCCUUAUGCCUUUCCACCUUUUGUCUCACUGUCACAACAGCAGCAGAAAGAAGUAGAGGCGUUACAGAAUAUAACCACUUUAGAUUCAACUGUCUAUGAUCUCGCCAUACCAUUUACGACAACAAUGCCUCUCUUAUUGUCACAUUAUGAUUAUUUAUUAUUUUCGAGAACUUUGGAAGAGGAAGAUGAUACCUAUUCUGCCUUUCGUUUUCCACCCACUAUGGAGCCUGGGCUGGAUGAUGAUAUGGCAAAUGAAAUGUUUGCUAUAGAACGUUAUAAAUAUCAAUCAAAACGACUUAAAAGUAUCUUGCAAAUAGAAUCGAGAUUACAUGAGCGUAUUGUUAAAGGUAUUACUGACGAACAGUUAGUAGCUAAUAAUAAUAAGCCCGUUAUUGUCUCUCCCUUACGAUAUGUGCUUGAUAUCAUCUUUUAUCAUGCUGUCUUUGUUCGAAGCUGGGACCGAAUCAUGCAUCAUAAAAGCAGCAGCAGCAGCAGCAGCAAUAACAACAACAACAAUAAUAAUAAUAGUAUAAGUGAGCGUCGUCAUCGAUUAACACAAAAGGGUUUAGCAUGCUGUUUAGCAGCUUCAGCUGCACGCUUGAUGUGUGCACUCGAAUUACAGUUCGAAGAAGAACAUCAGCAUAUAAUCUGUAUGACCCUUUGGGAAAAUAUGGAAAGCUUUUUGUCAUUGACAGAAUAUCGUCUUUUAGCUGCAAAACGACAACAGCCUGUACUUUUAAAACAACUUCAAGAGUCACAAGAACAACCAAAUCAUUUUUUACCUAUUGUCUUUAGUAUAGCAGCUAUGUUGGAUCUCUUAGGUGCUUGUUAUGUUGCUAAUCUCAUUCGUGAUGAACAUGCUGUUCUAAUGAUAAAAAAGGUCUGCAUGAUUUUGGAUAACGUACAAUUAUUCAUUUUAAAGACUUCCAUGUUGAAGGAAUUGAUGAAUACAUGGCUUACUAUAGAUGAUUUCAACGUAAAUACAACUUUACGUUUCAUUAUACAGAAUGAAAUAGAGAAAGGAUCAUCAACUUAAUAAUAUAGCAUAAUGAAGUGAAGGAAAAAAAAACACACAGAAAGAAAGAAUGAAUGAAUGAAAAAGAUAAUUAUACAUACAUAAUAUACUUUUUUUUUUUAACCACAAGUUGGUAUGGACCUGUCAAACUAAAUUUUUUUAAAAAAAAA